UAUGGGUGCAGCUGUAUACAUAACUAGUAUUUAUUUUCAUCAUAGAUUCUCGUCUUCCUCAUUUACUGGAAGAUGAAACUUGUAGUGUUGUAAUACAUACAGUUCGAGAGACGAUGUCAGCAACAGCUGCCGUGAAUCACUAUAACUUCACGUGGCAGCCAUACUUAUGUACAAAAGACAAAGAUGUCUGUGUUGACCAAUCUCUGCACAUCACUACUCACUGUUUCCACGUUCGCCACAUGGUGCCAUGACAACCAGCACUGUUCAGAGUGUGACAUCACGACAGGCUACUGCAUCACCGACUGUGACCGUGGAUACUACGACCAGAGAUGCAAGUCAGUUUGCAGCAAGAACUGUAGAAAUAAGACAUGCGAAAUGUCAAGCAAUGGCAAUGAUGCGUGCACCGAGGGUUGUGUGCAAGGUUAUUCUGGCACUGGGUGCAACAUACCAUGUGACAGUCCAGGAGGUAGCUGUACAGCAUGUCCAGGUGGUUGUGAUGGAGGGUAUUGUCAACUGGGCUCAUCCUGUGUGUCUGGAUGUGUAGACUCCUACUACGGCAAUGACUGUAAGACGUGUUCAAGUAGAUGUAAAUCCUGUAACGGGAGCACAGGUCAAUGCAGUGAAUGUCAACAGUCAUACGGUGGUCCAAACUGCGAGUUUUCCUGCAAUCACUGCGUAGGAGGAUCAUGUCAAUUCUUUUGUUUUCAGCGUUGUAUUGAAGGGUUUUAUGGUAUUUUUUGUAGUAGAAAUUGCAGUGAUACCUGCCUCAGUUCCACUGUAGAGCCGCCAAAGACAAACCCGUCUUCCUGUAACUGGACAAAUGGUGUCUGUAUCCAUGGAUGCAGAGCUGGCUGGUACGGUCCACAGUGCUCGCAUCGGUGUAACACUAAAUGCAUGGAUGCUGCAUGCACACAAACAGGUGCUUGUAAAGGAAGGUGCAUUCCUGGAUACUAUGGACGACAUUGUAAAGCAUGCCCCGGACAUUGUUCUGAUCUCACCUGCAGGGGUGACGAUGGGUCUUGUGAGACAGGAUGUGCUUCUGGUUUCUUUGGAGAAUAUUGUAACACCACAUGUAUUGAUGAUGUGGCCGACGUAGUAGAUAUGAAGGUAAACGGGAUGAAAAACACCACCGUUGGCAUCAAUGAAACUGUCACAUUCCAGUGUGUGGUUCAAGGAUGCCCACCACCAGACGUAUCCCUGGUACACACAGGAAACACCACGCUGGCCAUGUUCAGGAAGAAUAACACUCUGUAUGAACGUGUUAUACGUGUCCACAGUUGUUCCCAGCUUGGGAGGUAUUCCUGUCAAGCGACAAACUUCACUGGGACUUCAUCUGACAAACAAUUACACGUGGCUGAGCUGAUUGCGAUUCCAAAGAAACAAGAUGUUAAAGAUUGUGAAAUUGAAACCCCAACUGACGGGAAAGACCCAUCUGGAAAAAUAAAGUUCACAUUGUGUGCAUACCCUGAGCCUGUUAUAACGAAAUUACAGUUUGAAAGACAUGAUAAUCCCAAGGAUAUCACAGACAAGAAAAAGUACAACCUUACUAUGGACACGUUGAUGUCAAAACUGUUCGGGUAUACAUUCACAAUUGCCAACAUUGGUGAUGAAGACUUUGGGGUUUAUACAUUCACUGUGGCUUUCGGCGGACGAGAAGUCGAUAUACUGAUUGUUGCAUCACAACCUAAAGACAUUACAGGGAUCACCUUCACUUCUAUCGCUAUUAUUAUCGGAGGCUCUUUGGUUGGUGUACCGUUAGUUUUCGUUGGUGUACCGUUAGUGUACGACGACGCAAGACUGUCAGAGACUACUGGAAUAUGAGGAUUGUGCAGCCCUACCUUACACCCAGACAUGAAUCGUCUCGGUCACCAGAGAACGUUGAUAUCCCCCCACUAUGACGUCAUCGAUGACUCCUGUGUCUGAUAACUUCGUUGAUGAAGGACGUGAAUCUGCUGGCCACAAAGCAUCAUGUAGAUAUACAAGGAGGGAUUUGAGUAUACCUUACAGUCGCUGAAGGACAUUAGAACAAUAAUGUAUGCUCUUGUGAUACCAGACAAACAAUUGUGCAUACAAUAUCUGAUGAAUAAUGCAUGAAGAAACUGACGAAAAUAGAGGUGGGAUGUCGGGGGGAGCUUGUUGCCGAAAUCACUGCUUUGAUCACCACGGGGAUAGGUUCUUUUCCAAAAGACAUUUACCGAAUAUUUUUGAGAAAUAUUUGUUACAUUUACAUUUAUGUUUGCAUAAUAUUUGAGACAUUUACGUUUUUAUACGUAAAUAUAUUUCCGUAAAAUAUUUGAUACAUUUGCAUUCAUUUUGGAAAAGUAUUAGAUACAUUAAGUAUUAGAUACAUUAAGAAUUAUUUCUGUAAAAUAUUCCAUGCAGUUACAUUUAUUUUGGUAAAGUAAUAAAUAUAUUUUAAUGUAUUUUUGUAAAAUAUUUGAUACACCGCUGGAAUAAUUCGAUACAUCGCUGUUUUACUGAAUACAUAUACCUAAUAGGAUCAUACUUCAAAAACAUCAUGUACAUUCAUGUACAGGGGCGCGCGUGUGUCUAAGGCGCCAGGCUAGUAAUCCAGCGAGCUGUCUAAGUGCCGGGAUCAGACCACCUGUUACCGGGUGUAAACAACUCAGAUUCAACUACUGUAGUGUACAGUACACAACCAUGUGCACU